AAAACAAUAGCAGCAGCAGCAACAGCAAGUUGCGGAAAAUAGAAAAGCAGCAGCAACAAAAACUGCAACUCGUUAAACUGUUUCGCGCGGCAGGGAAUGGUAUAUUUCUUGGGGGAUUGGGGCAUGGGAGAUUCUGACUUGUCGUCAUAUCAGCAGCAUGUUCCAAAUAUACAACAACAACAACAGCAGCAGCACCAACGCAUCCAUGGACACCAGCAGCAACAACAACAGCAACAGCAGCAGCACCAGCAGCAGCAGCAGCAACAACAACAACAACAUCAGCUGGUUGCACAAAUCUCAACUAGCCUAAGCCUACUGCAAUCGCAGCUGCAAUUCGCCAGCGGCUCCAGCUUCCUACAGCAGCAGCAGCAGCAGCAACAACAUGUGGCUGGGCCCAGAAGCAGCAGCAGCAGCCUGGUAACCGCUAACCUACAGCAACUAUCGGUAAGCAGCGGCGGCAAUAACAACAACAGCACCUGCAACACGCCCUCCAAAUCACAACAGCAGCAGCAGCAACAGCAGCAGCUGCAGCAGACUGAUUCUCAUCCAGGCACUGGUGCUGCGCUUAAGGUACAUUCGUCUUGGUUACGGCAAUGCUCUGAGCCAAACACCUCGCAAUCAACGGCCGAUAGUUGCGUCGGCAAGCCAAAGUCCACACAGCUAAGCAAGGAUCUCGUGGACAACGAGGAUGAGGUGGCACUUCAUCCGCUUUCCAAUCAGGUGGGAGGACACACGCGCCUGUUGUUGCUCAACCAAUCGACGGUGAUCAAGCCGCUGAAUUUGCGCGAAUUGGACUUCUAUCAGAACAUUCCGCAGGACGUACAGAAGUUUGUGCCCAAGUACAAAGGCGUUAUGCAAGCGACUACCAUGGGCGGCGUUAAGCUGGACAAGCGCUAUUCGCCCAGCUUCCGGGACGAUGCCGCCGCGGUGCCCGUACGCAAGAUGAGCGCCUCGAAGCGCAAGCGCGACGAAGUACUCAGAAUGAAGGUGCAUAAGAACGGAAAUGCGGCCGAUGUUAUCAAGAGCAUUUCGCAACUUGACAACUCCAAUAAGCAAUAUUUUUUGAUGCUCGAGAAUAUCACAUCGCAGUUUCGCAAUCCCUGCAUUCUGGAUCUAAAGAUGGGCACCCGGCAGCAUGGCGACGAUGCUUCCGCAGAGAAGCGCUCCAAACAGAUGGCCAAGUGUGCGGCCAGCACUUCAGGUUCGCUUGGCGUGCGGCUGUGUGGCAUGCAGACCUACCAGGCCGAUCUGGAACAGUACGCCAAACGGGACAAAUACUGGGGACGUGAGCUUAACGAGGCGGGCUUCAAGACCGCCUUGCAUGACUUCUUCUACAAUGGCUAUCGUCUGCGCAUUCGCGUCAUACGCAAGAUACUGCAGCGACUGAUGCAGCUGCGUCGCGUCAUCGAGAAGCAGUCCAGUUAUAGAUUCUAUUCCUGCUCCCUGCUGAUCGUGUACGAGGGCUAUGAGGAAAAUCCUAUGGCCCAUCCGCCCUCCAUGGAUUUAGAUGAUUGGCUGGAGGCUCCCAAGUCAGCCACCCUGCAGCCGUCAGGCGCCUUUGAUUAUCAUCCAGAAAACAGCAUAGACGAAGAUGACAUCGAGGACGAUGAGGCAGGUCACGAGGCGGGCGACGAGCUGGAGCCGCACGAUACUGACGAGGAUUUGCAAUUGGUGGCAGCUGUUGAUAGCGGCAACGCUUCGGCCACCAAUAGCAGCACAGGCGCCGAUGGCUGCAAUUAUGAUGCGGAUGCCUCCAAUGACUCUAACUCGCGCCUGAAUCUGGCCACGCGUCGUCAUCUGCACAAACGUGGCUUUGCGGAGGCGGCGGCUCGUGGCGUCAAGCAGACUGCCACAAGCUCCACGACCACCACUGACGAGGAGGAAGAUGAGGAGGAGGAUAACGUAAAUAACAAGGCACAGCAUAAGCAUUUGUCCGCCAUGCCGCCACCGCGCACCUGCGGUGUGCUGCCCGCCAAAACAGCGACUGGUGGGAAGGGCAGUGCCAAUGGCAACGCCACACCUGCAUUCAUUCCAAUUUCCGAAGAGACAGUAUUCCUGGAUCCUGAGCCAGCGCUGCCCAGUGUGACAACCUCAUCGCCACAUUCCGGUGACUCCUGGAUGAACUACAGCAGCAAUAGCAGCGACGACUUCUCGGGCCUAUCAGAGCAAAUCAAGGCUGUAGCCAGCGGCCGCCAGACUUGUAACAACAGCUCCGAUGAUGGCAGCUCGGACUACGAGAGCAGCAUUAUUGGACCCACAGAGGCAAUGUUCAAGCGCUACAAGUCACAGCAGUCCUUCGAUGCGUCCGCUGCAGCUGGCAGCAUGGAGCCCACCUCGCCGCCCCACACAGCUAGCAACUCAAACGCCACCAUCAAGUCCCUGGUAUCACCAAACUCCUCCAGCGCCUCGUCGCUGAAGUCGGUAAAGGGCGCCGUCAAGCGUCUGCGCUGCAAGGACGACGACGAGCACUAUGCGGCUCACGAUGAUCCCAGGGAGGCCAAAAAGUCAACCAUAACAUCCACGCCCGUUUCUGCUGUUUCCUCACCUUCAAAGUCGCGGGUGCAGUGCAGUUGUGAGAAUAUAUCCAACUCACUGCUCGGCGGAAUUCUGCUUGAUUCCCUGGAGCGCCGGGCCAGUGCUGAGGGCAGCGAUAACAAUACCAGCAGCGAGCCAAAGGCGAACACAGCUGCAACUCGCAAUUCUGCGCUAAUGCAUGGCUCCAAGUCACUGGACAUGUCGGCACCGCCCACAGACGAUUCGGCCUGCUUUGUAGAUGUGCGUCUCAUUGAUUUUGCCCACACAGCGUUUGUGCCACGCAAUGGCAGCAUGCUGCCAACACCUUCAGCCGCCGCGCCCGUGCACCAUGGACCCGACGGUGGCUUUCUCACUGGCCUGGACAGUCUCAAUCGCCUGCUCAACGAGAUAUUGGGCGAAGAGAGCAUCUAGCUAGCUGCUUUGGCUGCAACUGCUGCAGCUGUUGCCCCAUUUAAAUCUACCAGCGAAGAAGCUCACGCACAGUGCGCGGUCGGGAACGGAGAAUAAGUUAAAAGUACAAUUUGAUUUCAAAAAAUACCUAAAUUGUUGUAGCAACAUGUGUUAAAUUAUGAAACUAAUAUUUAGAAAUUCGAAAUGUGAUUCAGCUUAACAAAAAGAAAAAUAAUACAAAAGUAAAAACUAACAAAAUUAACCAGAUAAAACAAAAAAAAAAGAAAAACAAAAUAUUAUGGAUAUAUAAUGCCAACUUUUUUAAACACCAUACGAUAAGUGCUGUUUAGAGCCUUCUCAAUGUGAAAAUCGAAAUUGUGAAAUGUGUUUGAAAAUGUUUCUUCCAAACGUAGAUACAAGUUUAAUGAUUAAUUAAUUGAAAUAUUAAUAUAUUGUUCAAGCUUAUGCAUUUCCAAGCGCUGAAAAAAUACUAUAAAACACAAUGGAAACGAAUUUUGUUCUAUUAGCAAAAUAAUGACUUUGCUGUUUUAGGUUUGUGAGAAAUGUUUAUGAAUAUGCGAAACAACUAUAUGAAUAUAUAUGUAUUGUAUUUUAAAUAAUUAAUUAGCAUGCACGUCAUGCGUUUUUAUACCUAGCUAUUACAAUACAUACAAUGCAAAUGACAAAGCGUAAGAACAGUAUUUUGUUAUAAUAUUUUUCAUCUUUUGCUUUAAAUCGUUUCCUUUCUAAUUGUAGCAAUCACAGUUAAUCUGUAAAAGUGUGAGGAGCAAGAAAAACGCUAUUAACAUAAAUCCUAAAACAUAUACAUGUAUAUUACUAUUACUUAUUGUAUAACUAGAGAAUUAAAUGGAAAAAAAAAAGUUAAAAAAAAAGAUAUAAAAUAUGUAU